GUUGCGGAAGGCAGUUAACUCCACAAAUCCGUGGCCGUCGGUCCCAUUUAUUAAGUAACCGACUUGUGAGCGUAAAGGCGCGUGUGAAUCCCCCUGAAAAAGAAAAAACAAUAGUGUGCAGUUUACGCUUGACAAGGAUACUCCAAAUUCUCCCCACUAAAAUGUUUAGAUUUCUCGCAUUGACCACCUUGGUGGCACUGGCAUCCAGCCAGCAUUAUCACCAGGAUCCCAAGACGGCGGCCAUUAUCAGUGAGCAGCGUUAUCUCUCCGGAGAUGGUAAAUUUGGAGCUGCCUAUGAGCAGGAGGAUGGUAUUAACUUCAAGGAGGAGACCGAUGCGGAUGGCACACGUCAUGGCAGCUACAGCUAUGUGGAUCCCUCGGGCCAGAGGCGCACUAUUUCCUAUACCGCCGGCAAAAAUGGUUUCCAAGCUUCUGGAGAUCAUUUGCCACAGGCACCACCUGCCCCGCCGCAGCCCGUGCCCACGGCCGGAUAUCAGCCACAGCAGCAGUACCAGCCGCAGCAAUACCAGGCUCCGGCUCCACAGCCCCAGUCCUCUUUUCGCAGCAACGACUACGGAGAUGAUGGAUCCUACGAUCCCCGCUACAACGAUCCCUCUUUCGGGCAGAACCAGCAGAGCUACCAGCAGCCCGCUCCCCAGCCCCAGUACCGCCCCGCCCCGCAGCCCGCCUACAACCCGCAGCCCGUGCAGCCCCAGCCGCAGCAACAGUAUCAGCCGCAGUAUCAGCAGCAGCAGCCACAGCAGGCGUACUACACCACCACCACGCCCAACCCCCAUCGCUUUUCGCCACCCGGAAAGCUCUCCCUGAACCGCACGCCCGACGGCUUCACCUACUCCUUCAACAAGGUCUAGGACUUAGUCGCCCCUCCUCCAACUUACUACUAACUCAGACAUGUUGCAUCUUCUUCAUAAGGGACACCACCCUUCCCUUUUAGUUACUUCCCCUAUCAUAACUUUACUCUCUUCUUGACUCCAUCAAAACUCUUGUGUGAUAAUGUUUAAGAGCAAAUUGUAACUAUGUAUCGUACUUCCUAUAUGCGUACUGUUUGUUUGUAAUUUAUAAUCCUACACAGAGAAAAUUAUAAGUCACUACCCAAGGGGUAAUGCCAAUUAAAAUUUGAAAUAUUCAAAAUAUCAUUUGGAUAUUUGUGAAAUAUAAAACAAAUUUGAAA